CUCAGUGAGUACCGGAGACAAAACCCCAAUGUAACCCUCCUGCAGUAUGUUGAUGAUCUCUUAAUAGCUGCUGAAACCGCUGAAGCCUGCCUGCAGGGAACCAGAAACCUCCUACAGACUCUCGGCACCCUGGGAUACCGGGCCUCUGCCAAGAAAGCGCAGAUCUGCAGGCCUGAGGUAACUUACCUGGGGUACCUAUUGAAAGGGGGGCAACGAUGGCUCACAGAUGCACAGAAGGAAACCGUCCUCCGCAUCCCCAGACCCACCAUGCCUCGACAGGGGAGGGAAUUUUUGGGGUCAGCGGGGUUCUGCCGUUUAUGGAUACCCAAAUUUGCUGAAAUGGCCAAACCGCUAUACUUAGCCACCAAAGAGCAGACGCCCUUUAAAUGGACAGAGGAGGCUGAGCAAUCAUUUCAGCAGAUCUAAACUGCCUUGCUAUCCGCACCCGCCCUGGGUCUCCCUGAUGUCUCCAAACCCUUCCACCUCUGUGGAUGAAAGCAAAGGCAUAGCUAAGGCCGUGUUGACCCAGCCCCUCGGUCCUUGGCCCAGGCCUGUCGCUUACCUAUCAAAGAAAUUGGACCCAGUGGCUGCCGGCUGGCCUCCUUGCCUCCGGAUGAUCGCCGCCACGGCCCUAAUGGUAAAGGAUGCUGACAAACUAACUAUGGGACAGGAGUUGCAUGUCACCACCCCCCACGCCAUCGACGGGGUUCUCAAACAGCCUCCCGACCAAUGGAUGAGCAAUGCUCGACUGGUCCACUACCAGGGUCUACUGUUAAAUCCCCUCAGAAUCAGCUACACUCCGCCGCGGGCAUUAAACCCUGCCUCCCUAUUACCUGACCCAGAUUUAGACUCCCCACUCCAUGACUGUGCAGAGGUACUGGCCCAGAUCCAUGGGGUUUGGGAAGACCUACGUGACCAGCCCCUACCGGAUGCACAAAGCUGCUGACGGCAGCAGCUUUGUCCAGCAAGGUCAGAGGUAUGCGGGGGCAGCGGUAACAUCAGAGACUGAGGUGAUAUGGGCAGAGACUCUCCCCCCGGGGACCUCAGCCCAAAAAGCUGAAUUAAUUGCCCUGACCCAAGCUCUCAAGAUGAGCAAAGGCCAAAAAGCCACCAUAUAUACAGACAGCCGGUAUGCUUUUGCUACCGCACAUAUACAUGGGGCAAUAUACCGAGAGCGGGGACUACUCACAGCAGAGGGCAAAGACAUCAAGAACAAAGAGGAAAUCCUGGCCUUGCUAGCGGCCAUAUGGGAACCCAAAAAGCUAGCCAUUGUACACUGCCCGGGGCAUCAAAAACCCACGAAUCCAGUCGCCCGAGGCAACAAUUUGGCAGACCAGACGGCUCGAAAGGCGGCACACACUCCAAUACCAUUACUUCCCCUGCAACUGCCGGAUCCAGGGCCCCGGGAACUACCGCCCCAACCCGACUACUCGGAGGAUGACAUCAGAUGGAUGAGCAAGCUCCCUCUAACCCAGGUUAGAGACGGAUGGUGGUGGGACGCUAAGAACAAUAUCCUCCUUCCUGAGAAACUAGGAACCCUGGUCCUUGAACGGAUCCACCGUAGCACCCACUUGGGCGCCCGACGGCUACAGGAUCUCAUCAGGCAGACUGGACUUAAAAUUAAAAAUGUCUCCGAGAAGACUGAACGACUGGUUGCUGACUGUGCAGUCUGCCAACUCCAUAAUGCCAGCACCCACCUGUCAACCACUGGCAUCCGGGAAAGAGGAAACCAGCCCGGAGCCUACUGGGAAGUGGACUUCACGGAGGUAAAGCCUGGCAAAUAUGGGUAUAAAUAUUUACUGGUGUUUAUAGAUACCUUUUCAGGUUGGACUGAGGCAUUCCCAACCAAGAAAGAGACUGCACAAAUAGUAGCUAAGAAACUACUAGAAGAGAUCCUGCCCAGGUAUGGCUUUCCAGUUAUGAUAGGGUCCGACAACGGGCCAGCCUUCGUUUCUAAGCCUUACAGCAGACACACGAGACAAUCUGGCCCAAACUAAAAGAGCUAUAUGCAACAGGACCCCCGCCUACUCCACACCAGCUCUGGCCAGGUGA